GUUGUCCUCUUGCUGAGAAUAUGCCUGUUGAUUUACUUAGGACUCCUGUAUCUACAUACAAUCAAAACCAUGGGAUUUGUUACUAAACUUGCACUUUUCUUUACUUGCCUUCCUAUAUCUACCGUUGAGAGCAACGUCCUGCAGUACUUCUACACAGCUACAUCUGGAGUCUCAAACAUUUCCAAGAUCGUAAGUGUUGAAAAGCUGAAUGGUAUGGACAUGGAUUUCUUUGAAAGCCUCCUACAGAGAUAUGGUCCCAGGCAGACAUGGAUGGACCCAGUAGAUCAGGAGUACUGGCAUUCAAAGACUAUGGAGCAUUUUGUGACUGUAAUGGAGAGCUUCAAUGUGACUGGAGGAGUUCAUACAAUCCAGAGAAUGUGUGGCUGUAUGUGGGAUGACGAAACUGGAAUCACAGACUGCUAUGACCAGUAUAAUUAUGACGGUCAGGUUGUCCUCAGACUGACUAAGAGGCAGAUGAGAUGGACGGCUUGUGUGGCAGAGACCGUACCAACCAUGAAUAAGUGGAACAACAACAGUGCUGACCUUGCAAGACUCGAACGCUUCCUUACCCACGAAUGCACUGACAGGCUGAAGAAAUAUGUCCAGUAUGGAGAUCGUGUCCUGUGGAGGAAAGUUACUCCAGAUGUCUCUGUGUAUUUGAGCAACUCCUCUUCAGCGGUGUGCCAUGCCACAGGUUUCUACCCUGAGGCUGUUAAUAUCACCUGGAAGAGAGAUGGAGCGGAGAUGCAGGAGGACGUGGACGUGGGGGAGACGCUGCCUAAUGAAGAUGAAACCUUCCAGAAGAGAGUCGUGCUCACAGUGUCACCUGAGGAGAGGAAGAAGUUCAAGUUCACCUGUGAGGUGGCACACCAGAGUGGAGAGCCAAUCAGCAGGACCCUCGCUGAGGUCAAUGAACAUCUAGGCAUUAUUGUUGGGUGUGUUAUUGCAGCUCUUCUUGGAGUGGUUGUGACUAUAGUCUGUGUUUGGAGGAAGAAGAAAGACCAUUGAUCCAAUUCCCAUGGAAUUUGAGAUACAUCAUCUACAGGUCAAGCCAUAUUGGCUCCCUUUCAAACGAUAUCCAUCAGUUUUGAGUUGCAUUGUAUGUUGCAGGUGCUAAAGAUGUUAAGAUGUUCAAAUGCAUACAAGUUGCAGUUCCAUUGUAUAUUACAUGUAAAGCCAUACAUGUAUUAACAUUUAAAAAGUGUUCUUUCACACAAACUUACAUCACAGACCACUUGGAGGUGCAAACAAUAUUGAAUUUCCUAUGUGAUUUCCAUGGUGAUGUAUUUGUUUGCACCUCCAAAAACAUGGCGUGCCUGGUUACGCAUAGGUUACCAAUCAAAAACGCCCACAAA